AUGGCUUCUGUCACGUCUCUUGAUAGUGAUAUGCGCAAAUUGCGCCUCGACAGAUACACUCCGCAAGCCGCGAACGAAGUGCGAACUUUCAUCGAAGAAUCCCUUGGAGAGCGCUUGGAUGGAGGGGACCUGCUCGCAAGCUUGAAGGAUGGAGUCGCGCUGUGCAAACUCGUCAAUCUUGCAGUACCAAACACUCUCCGAUUCAAAACCAGGGCUGUGAUGCCUUUCGUUCAGAUGGAAAACAUCGCCAUGUUCCUGAACGCAUGUUCGAGCCCGCCGUUUAAUUUGCAAUCGCACGACACAUUCCUCACUGUUGACCUCUACGAAUCCAAAGACCCGGCGCAAGUACUACAAUGCCUUGGCGCAUUCAGCAGAGCAGCCCAUCGAAUAAACCCUUCAAGGUUUCCCGAACCAAUAGGUGGGAAGUCGCGCGGCUUGAGCCCACAAAGGACCGGCACGCCAACCGUAGGCGGAGGCAGUUACGGAAACCGGGGUCGAGGCGUCAGCAAUGCCAGUAACACCUCUUCAGCAUAUAACCCAGGCUCGAGACCGGUUCUAACGCCUACGAAGACUGGCGAUUCAAAUAGUGGAAGAUGGAGUCCCACCAAACCAACCUCACCCGGCGUCAGCAGUUGGAGCAAAAAGUCCGAUGAAGGAGCCACCGCACCAGCAUGGAACAUCGCGCAAUACGGAUACAUGGGGGGAGCUAGUCAGGGCAAUCUGGGGGUCUCAUUCGGGGGUAGACGGCAAAUCACGAGUGCUGGUCCACACGUUCCAAAUAUGGCGGAGAAGGAGAAGAAACGCAAGGAGGAAGAAGAACGCUUGCGGAUCCAAGCCGAAGAGGACGAGCGCAGGCGGCAGGAAGAUCAAGAAGCUGAGGAAGAGCGAGCGCGGAUUGCUGAGGAGCAGAAAUGGGCCGAGGAGACGAGAAAGCUGAGAGAAAGGGAGCGACAAAAGGCCGAGGAAGAGAAGCGAAAAUGGGAAGAAGAAGAGCGAGCGUGGCGGCUGGAAGAAGAAAGACGGCAGAGAGAAGAGCAGGAGGCUGAAGCCAAGCUUCAAGAAGAGCGGAAGAGGGCUCGAGGUAGUAGUGAUGCUCGAUUACGCGGACAAUUCUUGAGCCAGUAUCAAGCAGAGAAUGGUGUGUCUAGGGGCAACAGCAGCAACGAUGGCCCGGAAUCCAAUCGUAUCAAAGAACUCGAACGAGAACUCGAAUUAGCUCGGGAGCGCGAAGCUGAAUAUGAGAGAGAACGACAGGCGAAGAUCAAGCAGCGAAGUCGUCAAAACAUAGAAGAUCACGACCUCUCUGUUCGAGUCAAGGAAGAGAGCGCAAAAGUACGUUCUCGUUCACGAAGUCGACCUCGAGCACCAUCCCGCAAGAACAGCGAUGAAGUCUGGAGGGAAGACGAAAGAGAAUAUCUCCGUAAGCAAUACAAUGCCCACCACUCCAGCGAACCAAACCCAUCCCGCACCUCACAACCACAACCUUCGAAAUCACCUCGUCCACUCCCUGAUCCAGCCCCUCCAGUCCGCCUGGUGAAGAACAAUACUGGGCCAUCAUCAAGGCCUCUCCCAGACCCCAAUAACUACUCAGCAUCACCACAAUCUCAGGUCCCUAGUCAAACCCGAACAGACCGCUAUCUCUCAUCGAACCCUCCUCCCCAACAAGCACAAGCACGUACAACGUACUCCAACGAAAUCGGCGGCUUCGACAGCGCAGCUGAACGCGAUGCCGAAGAUCGUCGUCGUAUGGUUUCACAGCAGAAGACUAAGGCUGGCGGCUGGGCAUCAAAAUCUUUGCUGGAACGAGAGAUGGAGCUGGAGAGGCAACGGCAGAAGGAAUGGGAAGAGAGCCAGAAAGAGAUCAAGGCUAAGGUUCCGAGAGGCGAUGGCGUGGAUGGUAUCGGUGGUGGGAUUGGUGGGAAGUGGGAUGUGAAUCAGUGGACUGGGUAUACUGGCGGUGAUGGGCAGAAUAGGGGGUCGCAAGGAAUUGGCUCGGGGAGAAGGCAGAUUGUUGGGCCGAGACCGCCGCCUCCGGGUCGUUAG